CCCACACUUGGAAUAAUGGAACCCUGACUCUUCCUUGCUCAAUCACCUCCAGGUUUUUGUCAUGUCGGCCACGUCGCCGCUCUUUCCCGGAGGACCCUGAGCAAGGAUUUGAAUUUUGCGCCCACCUGCUCUGGAAGCCGGUCGGGGUGGUUUGGGCCAUUUGGACUUUUUUUGCUUAAUUGGAAGGUGUUCCGGUUUCGUCGCGCGCGGUCAGUCGCUCAGUGCUCAGUCAGUCAGUCAGCCAGCCAGCCUCAUCUGAAGCUCGUGCCUGCCACUACUCCGCGGUAUACGAGUCGCCGCCAUUCACAACCCCUUCCACCCACUGUCCCCGUAAUAUACCAAGCUCUAACUGACUGCACUGCUCAAACCUGGGACUGCGGGGCACUUUCCCUGGUUUUACUUUAUACCUUACGUACCUGUCCUGUAACUUACACCACCGCCGGCGCUGCAAGAGCAUGACCUGGACCAGGACCGCAUCUCCCUCCCAACCUAAUUCUCAACAUGGACCACGACGCAUACCUCGACCAGCUUCUCGGACAGCAGCCAGCUCUACCACCAGCCCAGCAUCUACCCGACCACUUCCCAUUCGCCGCUUUAGAGGACGACGAGUUUGCAAACCUCGACCUCGAGCUGUUGUUUGGACGUCAUUUUGGCCGUAACAAUCCGCCAGAAAACGACAACAACGCCGUCCGGGAAAUGCCCCCAGUGCGUAGGUCCCAGGGCAACGUGGAUCCAGAGUUGAGCACAGAAGCGUGCAUGGAAGCCGCACUCAAUUUCUUCCCCGACAUAUGUCCCGACUAUCUGCGCAAGACCGUCGAAAGUCAAAAGUGGACAGCCCAGGGCAUCGUCGGCCACAUUCUUGAUCAGCAAGAAAGCGGCAAGAAAUAUCCCAAGCGUGUCAAGUCCCUAAAGCGCAAGUGGGAGGAUACCGGUGAGGACGGCGAAGAAGUGCUCAGCAAGAAAAUGGAGGCCGAGCCAAGAUUUCAAGGCAAGACGACGGAGUACAUGAAAAAGUACAAGGGAGCAGGCAGAUCUCUCCUUGUGGCCGAGUUUCCCGACUUCAAGGUCAAGAAUAUAGAGCAACAGUUCAAACUGCACGACCAUCGCAUUUACCCAGCAUAUCUUGCUCUAUGGACCGAGCUUGCUCAAGAAACCUCGGCUUGGCGGAAAAAGUCGACAACCAGGCCCAAAAUGACGCUCGGCGACACGGUCAAGAUGUUCUCUGAGAGCGCCGACGAGGGAGAGAAAGGGGCUGUGGAAGACUUCGUGGUUGCCCGUCAAGUUUGCGACAUCAGAGCUGCCAAGGCAAGGGCGAAGAAGGCGGAAGAAGACGCCGAGGCGGCCAAUUAUGCGCAAGCAGAAGCUGACGGUACCAUUUUGGAGUGUGGAUGUUGCUUUGGGGAUUUCCCACAGAAUCGAAUGGUGCACUGCAACGCGGAGACCAUCCAUUUCUUCUGCCGCGAAUGUGCGAAGCGCAUGGCGGAGACGCAGGUUGGCAUCUCCAAGUAUCAGCUAGACUGCAUGUCAACAGACGGCUGCGGGGGCACCUUCAGCAAGAGCCAGAAGGAUUUGUUUCUCGACGGAAAGCUGACUGUGGCUCUUGAUCGCAUCGAGCAAGAGGCUGUCCUUCGCCUGGCUGGAAUAGAAUCACUCGAGACAUGCCCCUUUUGCCCAUAUGCGGCCGAGUACCCGCCCGUCGAGGUGGAUAAAGAGUUCAGAUGCAUCAGCGAGGAGUGCGGCCGUGUAUCCUGCAGGCUUUGUCGGCUGGAGACGCACACGCCCAAGACUUGCCAAGAAGUUGCGCGGGAAAGUGGACAUUCUGCUCGCCGUGAGAUCGAGGAAGCAAUGUCUGCCGCCAUGAUCCGGACCUGUAACAAAUGCAAAACACCCUUCAUCAAAGAGAACGGCUGCAACAAGAUGACAUGCACGAGGAAGGGCUGUGGCAACAUACAAUGUUACGUCUGUUCCAAGUCGUGUGAUUACAGCCAUUUCGACGAGCCCGCCCGCGGUGGGAAGCCCGGGAAUUGCCGUCUUUUUGACGAAACCGAAGAACGCCACGCACGAGAAGUUCGCGAGGCCGAAGAAGCAGCUCGCAAGAAGGUGGCGGAGGCGAACCCUGAAGUCGAUUCCUCCCUCCUCGAGAUCAAAUUCUCCGACAAAGUCAAGCAAGACGAGGCCAAACGCGCAGCUGCCCAGAUCCCUCAAAGAGGCGGCGUCUUUGGGCCCCGGAACCUACCCGUAUAUGUUCCCCCACGAAUGCCAGCAAUUGCCGUUCCGCCGAACCAGCCCAAUGCACCAGUUCCUGCCGCACCAAUGGCUCUCCGCCCCGACCAGGCGAACGAGUUGCAAAGACGGAUGCAGGGACUGAUUGGGUUGGACCUGGAGAUUGGGAUAGAGCCUCUGCCUGUUGAGGCUCACCGAAAUGUGCAGAUGGCAGUAAUACUCCCGCCGGAUCCCAACCGGGAAGCCCGAAUGCAACAACAGCAGGCGCUGCUGCGCGCACAAAUACAAGCGCAGCAAAUACAGAUGGAGCAGGCCCGGAACAACUUCCGGAUACAACGCGAGCAGGCGGCUGCCCAGCUCAACCAUGCACGAAACGUCCAACAAGAAGCGAUCCAAAAUAUGCAACGGCAAGAAUUCCAACUACAACAGCAUAUAGCGGAUCACAUGCACCGCUUUCCACAAGGGGUUGCUUUUCCUGCCGUUCCAAGACCUGCUCCCGGGCCUGUCCUGAUGAACCCCGAGCAUUUAUUUGCGCCGGCUGGAGCGGCUGGACGGCUGUUCAACAUUGGGAAUCAUGCGUAUCAUGAACCAAACGCCCAUCACCCAGCUGCCGCGGUUGGCAACCCUCAACAGGCUGUUGCAGCUCCAAACCUGCCCCCGCACAGAGUCGCCAACGCGGCGAACAACAAUAAUGUUAAUGAUGGUGGACCAGCUCAGCAGCAUGGGGAUGGGCCAAGACCUCUGGCGAACGACGUAAUCAACCUGACCGCGUCCCCACCAGCCCCGCGGGUGAAUGGGAAUGGUUACCGAGCAGAAUUGUAUAGUCCCCGAUGGGGUCAUGGGCCUCCACCUGUCCGCUGA